AUGUAUCGAGCUAAGCUACAAGAGGGAAAUGGGGAAGAAUUUGGGAAAACGACCUGCACGUCUGAGAUCCAGGCAGCGUUUAUCCUCUCCUCCUUUGUGACCUUCUUCAGUGGCCUCCUCAUCUUAUUCCUGUGCAGACUACUCUGGAAAGUCAUAAAAAAAGGGGGAAACUUCCAGGGAACCGGAUUUAUAUUGGACUUCCUCACAUCAGGCAGCUUUGCCAGCAGCCCUAUAAGAAGGCUUUAUUUUUAUGGAGUAUUCCGUGAUCGUAUAGAGAUGUUGCUUUCAGCACAGACUUUUGUGGGGCAAGUGCUGGUGAUUCUUGUGUUUGUACUAAGCAUCGGGUCUCUUAUAAUCUAUUUCAUCAAUUCUACUGACCCUGUUGGAAGCUGUUCUUCAUAUGAAGACAAAACAAUCCCUGUGGAUUUGAUUUUCAAUGCUUUCUUCAGUUUCUAUUUUGGGUUGAGAUUUUUGGCAGCUGAUGACAAGAUCAAGUUCUGGUUGGAGAUGAAUUCCAUUGUAGACAUUUUUACCAUUCCACCAACCUUUAUUUCUUAUUACUUGAAGAGUAAUUGGCUAGGUUUAAGGUUUCUAAGAGCUUUGCGACUGCUAGAACUCCCUCGAAUCUUGCAAAUUCUACAAGCCAUCAAGACCAGUAAUUCAGUGAAGUUUUCCAAACUGUUAUCAAUAGCUCUCAGUACGUGGUUCACGGCGGCAGGAUUCAUUCACCUGGUGGAAAAUUCUGGUGAUCCCUGGCUCAAAGGUAGAAAUUCACAAAAUAUAACAUAUUUUGAGUCCAUUUAUCUGGUCAUGGCAACAACGUCAACCGUCGGCUUUGGAGAUGUGGUAGCCAAGACAUCCCUAGGACGGACCUUUAUCAUGUUCUUCACCCUGGGGAGUUUGAUUCUAUUUGCCAAUUAUAUCCCUGAAAUGGUGGAACUUUUUGCUAACAAAAGGAAAUACACCAGUUCCUAUGAAGUGGUCAAAGGGAAGAAGUUCAUUGUGGUCUGUGGAAACAUCACUGUAGACAGCGUGACUGCUUUCCUGAGGAAUUUUCUACGCCACAAGUCAGGGGAAAUCAACACUGAGAUUGUUUUUCUGGGAGAGGUCACUCCUUCUUUGGAAUUGGAAACUAUAUUUAAGUGCUACUUGGCCUAUACAACUUUUAUCUCUGGAUCUGCACUGAAGUGGGAGGAUCUGAGGCGAGUUGCGGUGGAGUAUGCAGAAGCCUGCCUGAUUAUAGCCAACCCCUUGUGCAGUGAUUCACACGCUGAAGACACUUCAAAUAUUAUGAGGGUGCUCUCUAUCAAGAACUAUUACCCUAGGACUAGAGUCAUCAUACAAAUUCUUCAGUCCCAUAACAAGGUUUUCCUGCCAAAGAUUCCCAGCUGGAAUUGGAGUACUGGAGACAAUAUCAUCUGUUUUGCUGAAUUAAAGCUUGGAUUUAUGGCCCAAGGCUGUUUGGUGCCAGGCUUGUGUACCUUUCUAACGUCUUUAUUUGUUGAACAAAACAAAAAGAUUUCUCCUAAACAGACCUGGCAAAGAUAUUUCUUGAGUGGCCUGAAGAACAAAAUCCUGACUCAACGUCUCUCUGAUGACUUUGCUGGAAUGAGUUUUCCUGAGGUUUCCCGGCUCUGCUUUGUGAAGAUGAACCUCAUGCUGAUAGCCAUCGAAUACAAGUCCCUCUUUCAGAGUGGUUACUGUGGUCUGAUACUAAAUCCACCUGCACAAAUUAAGCUACGGAAGAACACAUUAGGGUUCUUUAUUGCUGAAUCUUCAAAAGAAGUCAGAAGAGCCUUAUUUUACUGUACCACCUGUCACAGUGAUGUGUAUAAUCCUGAGCUAAUUGAAAAAUGUGACUGCAAAAGUAAGAGCCGACAUCACCUCUCAGGAAUCGGUGUGUCUUCAGCUAUGAGGACUUUUCUAGGUCAUACAGAGCAAGAAUAUGACAGACUUGAUAGCACUGGCAUGUUUCUGUGCAGAGCAAUCCCUUGGAAACGGUUAACUUUGAAACGAUCUGAAAAGUCAAAACAUGAGUUUCGGAACCACAUCAUAGCAUGCAUAUUUGGAGAUGCCCACUCAGCUCUGAUGGGACUUCGGAACUUUGUGAUGCCCCUAAGAGCUAGCAACUAUACCCGGCAGGAGCUGAAAGAUGUGUUCCUUGGGUCUCUGGAUUAUAUGCAGAAAGAAUGGCGAUUUCUCCGGAAUUUUCCCCAGAUAUACAUUCUGCCUGGAUCUGCACUGUAUCCUGCAGACCUGCAUGCAGUCAACAUAGAGAAAUGUUCCAUGUGUGCUAUCUUAGCUCCCCCACCCAAGCCAUCAAGCAGCCAAACUCUGGUAGACACCGAGACCAUCAUGGCCACUCUCAAUAUCGGAUCACUACGGAUCAUCACUUCUACUGAGAAUCCUUUAACACAAGAAAGGAGUACGACGCAUGACUUCAGUGACUCUUAUAGGAAAUCAAAAUACCGACGAAUCCCCAUCCUCACUGAACUUAAAAAUCCUUCCAACAUCCACUUUAUUGAGCAGAUUGGUGGACUGGAAGGGAACUUCACAGGAACAAGCCUGCAUCUGAGCACUUCCUUUUCCACAGGCGCUGUCUUCUCUGGCAACUUCUUGGAUUCCCUCCUGGCCACGGCCUUCUACAACUACCAUGUCCUGGAACUACUUCAGAUGCUGGUGACAGGAGGGAUAAACUCUCAGAUGGAACAACAUUUGGAUAAGGAGAAGUUCCUUGGGGUGACCGACAGCUGCUCUACGUUUUCGUCUGGAAGAACGCGGUGUAAACUAGGGCUUCUGUCCUUAGAGCAAACCAUUUUAUCAGACAUUCAACCAAGAAACACCUUUGGACAACUGUUCUGUGGCUCAUUAGAUUGUCUUGGAAUCUUAUGUGUUGGCUUAUAUCGCAUGAUAGAUGAGGAGGCGCGCAACCCAGAAAACAGAAGGGGAGUGUUUGUGAUUACCCGACCAGCCAAUGAGCUUAAGUUGCUGCCCUCAGAUCUUGUGUUUUGUGCCAUCCCUUUCAGCACUGUCUGUGAAAAAAAGGAUGGUGAUUCAUCUCAACCACCAUAUGAAGCUGUAAAUAUUGUACCAGUAGAAUCACAGAAGAAUAUAGACCUAAGUUAUUAUCCUGCAGUUGACCGAGUGAGUGAGAGUACACCACGGAGAUUGUUUAAUUCAGUCCAACCUUUGGAGGCAAAUCCUGUUUUCUUUUCUGAAUCUGAACAAGUAAUGCCUAGUCCAAAUUAUAGGUUCUCAUCUGAGAUAGAGGAAGAUGAAAAUGUGAAAGAAAAUGAAGAGGGAAACAUGAAGGAAACCCUGAAGGAGAAUGCUCCUUAG